GUGAUUUGUCUCUGAAGCGUCUCUCCGGCUCUGUGAUGGACUUCAACAGCUCACUGAAAUGUUCAGGACAUGAAAACAACGUUCAGACCAGCAUCAGCUUCCUGUGUGGGAAAACCAUGGGAACACCGGAGUUCGUGGCCGUGUCUCAGUGCGUGCAUUACUUCGAGUGGAGGACUUACACCGCCUGCAAGAAGAACAAGUUCAAGCCACACAAAGAGGUGCCGUGCUUCGUGUUCGACUCGGACGGGAAGAAGCACGACCUCAGUCCUCUGAUCAAAGUGACUGACGGCUACCUGGUGGACGACGGAGACGACAGCAUCGACUUCUACAUCAACAUCUGCCGCAGCCUCAACCAGCAGGAUAAACCCUGUGAACCCGGAGCUGCAGCCUGUCUGGUGACCAGCAGCGGCUCCUUCAACAUGGGAUCACCGACCAGCGCUCUGCAGCUGCUGUCCAGUGACAGACUGAAGUUACACUAUGAAGUCAGCGCUGAUUCGACUCCUCCGCUGAUGUGCAACGAACACAAACCGGCCGUCACCAUCACCUUCAUCUGUCCGUCCAGCAGACACCCGGGCAGCACUCCUAAGAUGACGGCGGGAUCGAACUGCCGGUACGAGGUGGAGUGGGUGACGGAGUACGCCUGCCACAGAGAUUAUCUGGAGAGUCACAGCUGCAAGAUGAGCAGCGAGCAGCACGACAUCUCCAUCGAUCUCACUCCUCUAACCCUAACCUCAUCAGACUCUCCGUACUUCACUCACUCUGGUGAGGGUCCCGACAGUUACGUUUAUUACCUGAACGUUUGUGGAGAGAUUCCCACCGAUGAGUGCGGAGCGCCUGGAGAGUUUAUAUCAGCCUGCCAGGUGAAGAAGAGCGGAGACGUCAAGAAGGUGGCGGGAAAAUACCAGAACCAGACGCUACGUUACUCAGAUGGAGAUCUGACUCUGAUCUAUCCAGACGGGACUGUUUGCUCUUCAGGCUUCCAGAGAAUGACAAUCAUCAACUUUGACUGCAGCAAAAACGCUUCCAACGGAGGUCGAGGGUCUCCAGUUUUUGCCGGGGAGACGGACUGCACUUAUUACUUUGACUGGGAGACUUCGUACGCCUGCGUCAAAGAGAAGGAGGAUCUGCUCUGUCGGGUCAAAGAAGGCAGCAAACACUACGACCUUUCACCUCUCACACGAUACCCGAGCUCAGACGGCAGCAGGAACUGGGAAGCUGUAGACGCAGACGCUCCAGAGUCGGACCUGAAACGUUUCUAUCUAAACGUUUGUCACAAAGUCAUCCAGACAGGAGGAGCUGCCGGAUGUCCAGAAGACGCUGCCAUCUGUGCCGUUGAUAAGGACAAUAAGGUCAUCAGUCUGGGCAGCUUCCUGUCAUCACCCCAAAAGACUGAAACAGGAAGUGACAUCAGACUUGUUUACACCGACGGAGAUUUCUGCAACAAGAAGACGAGGAUCCAAACUAUCCUGACCCUCAAAUGCAAACCAGGAGAUCUGGAGAGCGCUCCGAUCCUUCGCAGCGUCUCCUCAGAUAAGUGUUUGUAUGAGUUGGAGUGGUACACAGCGGCCGCCUGCGUCCUCUCUAAGACUCAAGGAGACGGAUGCAAGGUGGAGGACAAAGAGGCUGGUUUUUACUUCGACCUCUCCCCUCUCACCAAACCCAGCGGCUCUUACUACAACCUGAGCAGCGGCAGCUAUGAUUACUUCAUCAACGUCUGUGCUGCAGUUAAAGCUUCAACCUGUCCAGAGAAGGCCGGAGCCUGUCAGGUAGAGAAGAGCGCUUGGAGUCUGGGGGAAGCGAACUCUCGCCUGUCUUACUACGACGGUCAGAUCCAGCUCAGCUACAGUAACGGCUCCAAGUACAACAACCAGCAACACACACUCAGAUCCACCAUCAUCUCCUUCCUCUGUGACCCCGAAGCCGGAGCCGGAAAACCAGAAUUCCAGGUGGAGGAUAACUACACCUAUAACUUCCGCUGGUACACAUCGUACGCUUGUCCUGAAACGCCUCACGAGUGCAUGGUGACUGAUCCCAAAACUCUGGACCAGUACGACUUAUCCAGCCUGUCUCGCUCCUCUCCCAGCAGAAACUGGCAGGCGAUGGAUUUAUCUGAGACGAUGAACCUGAAGAAAUAUUACAUCAACAUCUGUCGUCCAAUCAACGCCGUGCAGGGCUGCGACCGCCACGCCUCCGUCUGUCAGAUGAAGUACAUCACAGAUCAGGUGGGCGUUCCUAAGGAAGUGGUGUCGGUCAGUAACAUGGGAAUCUCAAAACGAGGUCCGGUGAUCGCAGCGAGGGACCGGCUGCUGCUGGAGUUCACCGACGGCUCCGCCUGCAUAUCAGACGGCCUGAAGCUCACCUACACGACCCGGAUCCACCUGGUCUGCUCCAGAGGAACCGUGUCGAUGGGGCCUCGGUUCCUGAUGUACCAGAACUGCACCGCCACCUUCAUGUGGGAGACCAGAGCCGCCUGCGCCAUCACUACCACCAAGAACACUAGCUGCUCGGUGGUGGAUCCCAACAACGGCAUCGAGUUCAACCUCCAGCCUCUGGCCUCAAAGACGGGAUACAAAGUCAACGCUAAUGGAAAGGACUUCCUGCUGAAUAUCUGUGGAGACAUGGCAGAGUGCGGAGCGGGGAUGUCCGGCUGUGAGAUGGAGGAAGGACACGCUUCCAGUCCGGUGGGUUUGGAGAGGAGCCUCGAGUAUUCCUCUGAUGGGCUGCUGAAGCUCGUUUAUAAGGGACCACGAGACGACACAACAGCCACCAGAGACACCUUCACUAUAAACUUCGUGUGUGAUCAGAAAGCUCAGAUCGGCUCCCUGAAGAUGCUGCAGGAGGAUCUGAGCUCUUUACCGAACCACGUGGUCCAUGAUGUUCUGUUUGAGUUCUCCACCGCUCUGGCCUGCGUCCCUGCUCCUGUUAACUGCAGGAUCUUUGAUACUCAGGGUAACGAGUACGACCUGAGUCACCUGAUGCGUGACGGCGAGGACAGCCCUUGGGUUGCCAUGGAUACCGACACCAGCACAUCACGCAGCUUCUACAUCAACGUCUGCAGACCCCUCCCCCCUGUGAAGGAGUGUCCCGUGGGUCCUCUGGGUGCCUGCGGAGUGAUGGAUGGGACCAGUUACAACCUGGGAUACGUGCAGUCCAGCCCUCAGGUGGCGGAGGACGGCUCCAUCAGCAUCGUCUACCAGAACGGAGACAAGUGCGGCGAGUCGGCUCGAUACUCCACGCGCAUCAUCUUCCAGUGUGAAGACAACCCUGGUUCCCCGAUGUUUGACCGUAAGGACGGCUGUGAAUACGUCUUCAUCUGGAGGACGUCUGAGGCCUGUCCAAUCAGGAAGUCUCAAGGCGAUGAGUGUCGGGUUCGGGAUCCUCGGAGCGGCUACGAGUUCAACCUGAGCUCUCUGAAAGAUCAAGAUUAUUCCAUCAGGAGCGAUAAAUACAUCUACCACCUGUCGGUCUGCAGCGGCCUGCAGAAAGGCGUCUGCACCCAUAAAGACACCGGCAGCGACAAGGUGUCAUCCUGUCAGGCGGACGGGUCCAAUCACAAGAUCGCAGGACUGGCGAACCAGGUUCUGAGCUACGUGGGAGAUCAGCUGAUCCUCAACUACACCGAUGGAGAGAAAUGUCACAAAAUCUACCAGAGAUCCACUGAGAUCUACUUCUCCUGCCAUCCUGACAUGCAUCCUGGAGUUCCAGAGUUCAUCAAGGAGACUCCAGAGUGCACCUACCUGUUUAACUGGCCCACUGCUCUGGCCUGCAUCCCAGUAAAGACCACCAGCUGCUCCUACAACGACGGUCACGGCCACUCCUACGACCUUUCACCUUUGGCCAUGGAGACCCAGAACUGGGAGGUGGAGCCAACGACGAGCGACACCAAGAACACGUUUUAUAUCAACGUGUGCAGAUCUCUGGUGCAGCAGGGAGGUUCGUGGAAGUGUCCGUCCAGCGCAGCGUCGUGCCUGAAGGCGGGGGAUGAAUACGUGAGUCUGGGGCAGCUGCAGUCCGGUCCGACGUGGGACAGAAACGUCCUGAAGCUGCAGUACAGCAGCGGCCAUGUCUGUCCAGACGGCGUCAGGAACAAGAGCAGCAUCAUCCGCUUCAAGUGUGACAAAGACAAAGUGGACUCUCGGCCGACUCUCAUCUCCGCCAUUGAGGACUGUGUCUACACCUUCCUCUGGUUAACAGCUGCAGCCUGUCCUCUGAACACCAGUCAACACGGCGAAUGCAGAGUCACAAACCCGGCUACAGGUCAUCUGUUUGAUCUGAACAGUCUCAGGAAGGAUGGAGGUUACAUCGUGUACGACCAUCAGGAGCACAGGAAGAUGUACCGCAUGAACAUCUGCGGGAACGUGGCCAACGCUGGAUGUUCUGUUAAGGACGCUGUGUGCAUCAAGGACCAGAGCUCCUGGGUGAGCGGAGGUCAGGUGAGCAGUAAACUGUCCUACAAGGAUCACGUUGUGGAGCUGACGUAUGAAGGAGGAAUAACGUGCGCUGCUAACCCUGCACUCCAACACAAAACCAUCAUCCACUUCAUCUGCAGGCCUCCUAACAUGAGCUCAGCUGCUCCAGAACCCGUCCUCACCGGCUCCAACGCUGACACCUGCACACACUUCUUCUCCUUCCACACACACCUGGUCUGCGAACAGCCGGUGACGUGCUCGGUGCAGAACGGAUCCUCUCUCAUCGAUCUGACUCCUCUGAUUCACGUCAGCGGAUAUUACACAGAUGAAGCCGUGGAGCAGAGCGACGGAUCUCCAGACUUCUACAUCAACGUGUGUCAGCCUCUGAACCCGAUCCCAGGAGUCACCUGCCCUCCCGGAGCCGCCGUCUGUAUGGACCCUGAUAACGGGCUGCCUGUCGAUAUUGGGCGGACCACCAGCGGUCCUCAGAUCAGCAAUGCGACCGGUGAAGUGACGAUCACCUAUCAGAGCUCCACCAGAUGUGCAGCCAACGAUAAGAUGUUCUACACCUCUACGAUCAUCUUCACCUGCCAGAGAGGCCUGGAGCUGGGCUCUCCUCAGAUGCUGAGGCAGCAGCAGUGUGUUUACCUGUUUGAAUGGGCGACGCCUGUCGUCUGUUCAGACGCGACUCAAACCAGCGGCUGCAAACUCACCGACUCCCAGCUGCAGUUCACCUUCGACCUCUCAGCUCUCAGCGGGGAAGUACAGGUACCGGUCGGCUCCAGCAGCUACCGGAUCAACGUGUGCAGCUCGGUGAAAGAUCCGGCCUGUAAGAGCAGCGCAGUCUGCCGCGUCACCGGUUCCGGUUCGGACCAAACAGCGUCGUCGUUCGGCAACAGCAAAGCCAUGACGAUGGACUUCAAACACGAGGAGCAGGCGGUGCUGAUGCAGUACGGAGGAGGAGACCCCUGCCCUCCUGUAACGGAUGGAGACGAUGCGUGUGUGUUCCCCUUCAUCUCCAUGAACAAGACGUACACUCAGUGCACCACAGAUGACAGGACAGACGGCAGGAAGUGGUGCGCCACCACCCCAAACUAUGACACCGACAGGAAGUGGGGGCUCUGCCGUGAAGCGUCCGCUAAGCGUCAGUCGUCCAUCUUGUUCACCUGCGACCAGUCGGCGGGUCACGGCACUCCGCAGCUGCUGUCGGAGACGGCGGGAUGCUCGGCGACGUUCUCGUGGAAGACCAGCGCGGUGUGUCCUCCGAAGAAGAUGGAGUGUAAACUGGUGAGCCAGCAUCAGACCUACGACCUGCGGACGCUCUCCUCUCUCACCGAGCCCUGGAAGUUCAGACACCACGGAGACUCAUACUACAUCAACCUGUGUCAGGGGAUCCAUGGAGGAGUCCUGGGAUGUCCAGAAGGAGCGACGGUCUGCAGACACACAGCAGCAGGAACGACUCAGACGCUGGGACGAGUCCACACUCAGAACAUGAGCAUCAAUGAUGGAAACAUCUCCGUCAGCUACUCAGCAGGAGAAGAUGUUUGUGGUAACGGUGUGAAGGCGAAGACGGUGAUCCAGCUGAGCUGCGGCUCCACGGUGGGACACCCGGCCAUCAUCAGCAUCGACAUGGCGUCCUGUCAGUUUGUGAUUGGCUGGGAGACUCGGUCAGCGUGUGCAGUGAAGCAGCGGGAAGUGAAGAUGGUGAACGGGACGAUCCAGGUUCCUGAUACCGGAGCCAGUCUGAGUCUGGGAGCGCUUUACUUCAGCCACCAUCAGGCGUCUGGAGACAUCCGAUCCAACGGCGACCGCUACAUCUACCACAUCCAGCUGUCGGGCAUCACCAACAUCUCUCUGUCCAGCUGUUUGGGAGCCAACAUCUGUCAGGUGAAACUGAACGGUCCGUACAGACGCAGGAUCGGCUCCUCCAGCGACGCCAAGUAUUACAUCAAAGGAGGAAACCUGGACGUGAUGGUGUCGUCUGACUCAACGUGCGGCCGUGAGAAAACCAAGAUGGUGUCGUCCACCAUCAUGUUCCACUGCAACCCGUCUGCAGGCGUCGGCAUCCCCGAGUUCAUGCUGGAGACGGACGAGUGCCAGUAUCUGUUUGUGUGGCACACCGACGCCGUGUGCGGACUCACAACUGUGAACGCAGAGUCGUUCGAUGACGACGACGUUCCGGGUUUGUCCAGGAGGAGCCAGGCGGUGGGAGUAGUGCUGAGCCUCCUGCUGGUGGGACUGACUGUGUGUCUGCUGGGACUGCUGCUCCACAAGAGAGAGAGGAGAGAGCUUGUGAUCCAGAAGGUAGCCGGCUGCUGCAGGAGAGGAAACCAAGUCUCCUAUAAAUACUCCAAGGUCAACAUGGACGAAGACGGAGGUGAAGACGAGAUGGAGUGGCUAAUGGAGGAGCUGGAGGCCCCUCCCACCUCUUCCUCCUCCUCCUCCUCCCACAGGGGCAGGAGUAACCACGGCAACGGUCACAUUACGACGAAGCCGGUGAACACGGACGGGCUUCGCUCCUUCUCGCUGGAUGAGCAGGACGACGACGACAGCGAGGACGAAGUGAUGAGCUUCCCGGGAGUGAGAGUGGUCAAACCGUCCGCCGCCGUUUCCAAAAACACAGCGGCUCAUCGCAGCGCUUUCCUCCAGGAGGAGAGCGACGAGGACCUGGUCGGCCUCCUGGACGAGUCGGACAGGAAGAGGAAGAGCGGCAAACCUCGCUCUUCUGGCCGUAGCCACGGUAACAACAACACGGCAGCCAACAGGAAACGGGACGAGGAGGACAGUGACGAGGACCUCCUCAGGGUGUGAUGUCACUUCCUCCUCCUGUCCUGCCCCUCCCCCCACUCCACCAACACCUCCACCAUCCCUCCCCCCGCUCAUCCAAUCUGAACUAUUCUCUCUCAGUGAAUGUCUCCAUAAUACAACAAACCAACAUAUUUGAAAGCAGAAAAUCUUUCGUCUCAGUUCGGGAUUCAUUUUGUUGGACUGCACCUUUACUCGUCCUCUUCAGACUCUUAUCCAGUCCACUGUCUACAGACUGUCAAUGUUAGGUUUCUUAUUUAUUGAAAGCUAAUUAUUUAAAAAAAAGUGUUCUUCAGGCCCUUUUUUUUUUUUUUUUUUUUUUUGCCCUGCACCCAAUUUUUCUUUCAUUAAAUCUGAAAUAAUUCUUCACUAUAAAGCGACUUCAGUCUCGCCACAUUUAUCUAAAACCAACAUGUAAAAUAAAUAAUAACAUCACUUUUCUUUUCCUCCAGUGUUUUCAAAGCUGUGCCAUUACUUUUUAGCACUUUAUCGUAGCAUUGAUGAAUUGAAAAUGAUUCUUUUGGCCAUUUACAACAUUUAUUUCAUUAUUUCAUUAGAUAAUUGUGGUGAGAUGUAAAGUUCAGUCGCUCAUGAAGUGGAAACAGACGCAGUAGGCGGUGAAGUGAAGUGAAGUGAAGGUGUCGGCUUGUGUUGUUUCUUAAAGGGAAUCAAUUUUUUUUCUCGCCGUUUACAGUUGCGACUUUCUUUCUUUCUUUCCCCCCCUUUAAAAAAAGAAAGCACGAUGCCUUCCUGAUGAUGAAUUUACUUUUUUUGCAUUUUCAUCGAUGAAUCAUGAUGUCCGACGAUAGAUUGACGUCUUUUCUUUUUUUUCGGGGUCUUAUUUUGAUCAUGAGACAUUGUACAUAGAUGAUAAUGUUCUACAAUAUGGACGUUUUUGUUUUUUGUUUGUUCGUUUAUUUUUCGUCUUCACCGGUGAAUUUGCUCACGCGUUUUUUUUUUGUGUUGAUUUUAUGAUUAUUUAAAUGGUUGUCCGAGCUGAUUUAUUAUCUGUCCGUGUCUAUGUUGUUGUGUGUGUGUGUGUGAGUGUGUGUGUGAAAAUUAGAGAUGGCCUUAUGUAUGAAUGGACGGUUCGGUGACGACGGAGGUUAUCGGAAGUCGUUACGAAACUCGAGAUGUUUAGUUUGACGUGAUUUCUCGUUGGUGUGUGUUUGUUUGAAGUCCCUCUCUCCCCGUCAAAGCCAUAUUUCUACAGCCGCCGCCGUUGUUGCUGCUGGCGCUAAUGUUCGGAAGUUCGUAAAAUGUCUCCGCUUGCACUCAAUCACAUCGUACGUUAAGUAUACGCUCAGUUUUUGGUAUUCAAGUCUGCGAUUUUUUCCUUUUUUAUGUCCCUUGUAGCAGCCAAUAACGUAAUAACGGCCAAUAACGUUAACAUUUUGCCCAUUUUAAGUGUAAUGAAGCCAAUAUCGUAAUAACGGCGCGUAACGUUUAAUGGCCGAUAACUUAAUCUUAGCCGAUAAGGUAAUAAUGGUGAUAACGUAAUCUUAGCAGAUAACGUAAUCUUGGCUGUUAACGUAAUAAUGGCCGAUAACGUUAUCUUAGCCGAUGACGUAAUAAUGGCCGAUAACGUAAUAAUGGCCAAUCACGUAAUCUUAGCCGAUAACGUAAUAAUGGCCGAUAACGUUAUCUUAGCCGAUAACGUAAUAAUGGCCGAUAACGUUAUCUUAGCCGAUAACGUAAUAAUGUCCAAUAACGUAAUCUUAGCCGAUAACGUAAUCUUGGCCGAUAAUGUAAUAAUGGCCGAUAACGUCAUCUUGGCCGAUAACGUAAUAAUGGCUGAUAAUGUUAUAAUUUUGCCCGUUUUUUGUGUAAUAAAGCCAAUAACGAAAUCAUGGCUGAUAAAUUUGGCUUGUCUUUUUUUUAACGUAAUAAGCCGAUAACGUAAUAACUUGGCAAAUAUGUAAUGAAAUUAAAGUUUCUAUCCAUUUAAGUUUUAUUUAUUGGAGUUUAUAUCCAAUAAAUACAACUUAAAGUGACAUUAGUAUAUUAUUAUGUUAUCGGCUUUAUUACUUUUAAAACAGGCAAAAUUAUUACGUUAUCGGCUGUUAUUACGUUAUCGGCUGUUAUUACUUUAUUAGCUGUUAUUAUGUUAUUGGCCAUUAUUACGUUAUUGGCCAUUAUUACGUUAUCGGCCGUUAUUACGUUAUCGGCCGUUAUUACGUUAUCGGGUGUUAUUACGUUAUUGGCUGCUACAUCCCUGCUUUGAAAGUGAGAUUUUUAACUCCGCAAAAAGCCAAGUCUGUGUUUUUAAUCCAAAUGCAUGACAACAAUGGAGACAAAAAAGAAAGAAGCUAGAGGCAUAAAAUCAUUCGGGAAUGCAGGCAGUCGAAUCCCGAUUUAACACAUUUUCCUGCUCAGUAAUUCAAACUAAACGUUCUCACAGAGGACGUUUGUGCAGCUUUCAUUACUCAGAACUGAAAUUAAACUGCAGUGUUGCCACAUAUCUCAGUCAGCAUUAUGAAAUAAGACACAGUAUAAACACGCAGAGUAUUUUUUUAAGGCUCCAUGGUUCCUUUUUUUUUCUGGCACCAUCCAAACUUUCAUGUUUUAAGUUUUUUUGUUAUUUACACUGGAAUGAAACUUUGGUGAAUUUACAAAAACUCACAAAAAUAAAGCAGCUUAAAAUGACAGACGGCACCGAAUAAGUUUUGGUGACA